AUGGUUCAUAAACAAAUACAAAUUUAUAAAGAUCUUGGUACUUCAGAACGAUGUUUCAUUCAUUUGAAAAAUGCAUUUCAAUAUUUAACACCUUUAUAUACAAUUAAAGAAAUAAAUAGUACAAUAAUAAAUAAUCAAAAUAUACAAUCAGAUUUAUUAUGUUUUGGUGGUGGUUAUGAUUUAGGCUAUUUAAAAUCAUUACAAUUAUCUGGUUGUUUAAAUAUACAUAAUUAUAUUAAAGAAAAUAUGGGUAGAUAUCUUGGUAUUUGUGCUGGGGCUUAUUUCGCUUGUGAUUAUUGCUGUUUUGAUAUGAAUGGUCCACUUGAAGUGUAUGGUGAAAGAUAUAUCAAAUUAUUUCAAGGUAUUGGAUCGGGUCCAGUUUACCCUGGUUUUCAAUAUAACAGUGAAAAUGGGAGUUCUGCAGUUUCUAUUCAAGCUGUAUCAAAAAAAUUAAUACCACAAACAGCUACUGUAUAUUAUAAUGGAGGAUGUACAUUUGAAUCUAUUAAUUGGGAGGAUUCACAAGUUUUAUAUACAUACUCGGAUAAUGGAAAACCGGCUAUUAUUGGUUCGAAAUUAGGGAAUGGUUGUGGUAUCUUAAGUGGUGUGCACUUUGAAUAUGAUCCGUAUUUAUUAGAAAAACAAGUAUACAAUGUUGAUCCUGAGAAUAAUGGUAAUGUUGAUGCCAUAAACAAUUAUGAAUUUAUUGAAACAUUGAAGAAUAAUAAUUCAUCUCGUUUGAAAUUAUUUGAAACUUUAAUUACAAUUUUGUUGAAUCCUGACAAUGAAUCAGUUUUAAUGAAAUAAUAUUUAUGGUUGAAUUGGUUUUAGGCUUCGACUUAAUUAUCUUGUCUAUCCUUUCCUUUUUUAUGUAUUUCAUUAUACUACUAAAUAAUAUUCAGUAGCGUGAUAUCUGAAACCUAAUAUUUUUGUUUUGUAAUUUACUUCUAAUCCGAAAUAUUUGCAUAUUUAUUCAGUGUUUUAAUCCAUUUUCUUGAUUGCAAUUUUAUAUCCUCCGCUUUUUAAUUCUUCAUCAUAUGUUUUGUGUGCUGAAACUUUGUUUUCAUUUGAAGUAGCUUAUCCAUUUCGAAUGUAUAGUCCAUUAUUCAUAACCCAUUAGUAACUCAACCAUUGAGUUAGAAUCUUUGAACGGAUUCUAAUUGAUUAAACAAUCUCCUUUUCUUGUUUUUGUAUAAUGCUGUACUGGUUUUUGUUGUAGAAAAUGCACCCAAUUAUUUUUAUGGUCUAAA